AUGCCUCGUACCCUCGCCCGCCUGCGGUACAGAAAUCCCCUCAAGCCUGUCAGAUUCAACUUCAUCAAAGACCGCGCCGAAAUUGACUCCAAGGUGACCAAGUAUGUUGAGCGACAGUCGCAACCAACUCCUCUCAAGCUGCAGACGGUUGUGAAUGCCAAGGCGAAGCGUCAACCUACUGGCGUCGAUGUACCGGAGCCGUGGAAGCCAUUCACCUUGCGGGAUGUCGUAGACCCGAAGAAAAAAGCCAAGCACGGGGAGAUCAUCUAUGUGUUCCGCAGCACCAGGACAAAUCAAAUCCUCUACUCGUUACAGGAAUUGCUGGAUGAUCAUCAUCUCGAACAACUCCCCUUCAUUGGCAAGCACUCGAAACCGCCUGUGCUGCGGCCCGACGAAUGGCAGCCACACUGUGUGGUCACCUUUCCCAAUGCCCAUCAAGGCCACAGCGCCUUCCGUCGGCUGCGCGAGUUCCGUAAGCUUCACGAGUUCAAUUGGGACAAGACGAACCCCGAGUACAAGCGAUUGCAAGUCAAAUCGCGCAUCAGGAAGAUCAUGGACCAGCGAGCAAACUUCAGUGCCGAUCUAGCUGAGAUUUUACGCUCGCAAGAGGCAUAUGGAAUCAAGACAAAGCAGGAGCGUGAAGAGCUGGACCGGCAAGCAAAAGAAUUUUUGGAGAAGCGUUGGCAAGAAAUCGACCAAAUGGCCACUGCAGCCAAGCGAAAGGAGAAGAUAACGGACAAUAUCAAGUUGCUAGAAGGUCAGAUCCGCUCAAUGAACGUCAAACUCCGCAUGAGGCACCAUCAGAACGAAGCCGACCAAAAAAGUCUCAAGACCACCAAAGAGAGUCUAGAGACCCGCCUCCGUAGAGUCAGAUUCGCUGUACGGAAAGCCGAACAACUCCACGAUACACAUGCUACUCUCACAGCCCGCGCCGAACCUGCGAACGUAGAAGGUGCAGAGAUGAAAUUGGAGCAAAUGCGAUCCCAAGCAGAAGAAUUGGAAAGGGCCAUCGAGAACCCUGAUCCUACAGACACGAUCCAAGACACGGCAGUUGACCGCGAGUUCCUGGUCAAAUUGAAUGCCGAUAUCAAUGCCCUAGAACAGGCCUUUGAAGCAAAGAAACAGCUCGAACCCGACCAAGACCCUGUCCGUCUAUCCAUCCUCCCCAGAUACUUCACCUCGAAAACGCGCUCCCCAGUCUACACACUUUCUGGUGUCCAAGUCGCUUGGGCCGACCUGCAAGACGCCCUCUACGCCAAGGGCCAAUGGCCAGACAGCAUUGAGCACCAGGUUGUUAACCACAACGACGCAAGAGGCAAGGUCAGCCUGCUCAGCAAAGACGAGUACGAUAUCGAAGUACAGAACGAAGCAAGCAGUAUUCUUGAGGCGUUGGAGGAGAAGCAGAGGAUCGCAGAGGAAGAGGCGGAGCGGGCGAGGCAAGCGGAGAAGGAGAGAAAAGAACAGGAGAGGAAGGAGGCUCGCGAGAGGUAUUUGGCAGAGGGUGCGGCGGCCCGGGCCAAGUUCAACCUCGAGAGGCAGAGGCAGAGGGAUCUGGCACAGUGA